AUGGAUUUCGUCAAGAACCUCGCCGGCGGCAACAAAAACGAUAACACCUCCCAGCAACAGUCAGAGGGCGGCAGCGGCGGCGGCUUCAUGGACAAGGCAAGCUUCUCGACCUUGAGCGGCGGGGAGUCAGGAGAGAAAAAAGAAGAUGGUCUAGACAAGGCGGUCGAUUAUGUCCAAGAGAACUUCCUUGGCGCUGGAUCGCAGAACAACGAGUCAGCCGUAGAACAGACCAAAGACGAGGCAAUCUCGGAUGCUAUUCGAAACCAGUACAAGGGCGCGACAGGCAGUGAAUUCCCGAUUGCGGACAAAUAG